AUGGCACCGAGUUAUGACCUAGACAAACUCCCCGGCGCCUUGCCUUCGCAGUUGGUCUCGGAGCAUGUCGACAUAGACUCCAUCCAACAGUCGGCUCAACAAGUCUUAGAGAAUCUGGAUGUAACUGGCCUGCACAGCACGGCGCUAUGGAGAGACUGGCUCGCUCUGACGGGUCAGAUUCGAACAUUCUAUAGUUCCGAAAAGAUCUCAGUGGUGUGGAACACGCAAGUCAAGUCUCAAAAUGUCACCGACGUCAGAACAAAGCGGGGACGUAUCACCAAACCCGUUCCAACGAGCUCCUGGGUCGAUAUCCCCUUCACCUUCAGUACGAAACCAGAGAGCGGCCUCAUCGGUAACUGUACUGGCACUGCCUCGCUGAUCCCAGACGAAGGCGGGAAUUGGAAAAUCUGGAUGCUUGUAACGAUUCUGGAAAACUUUACUGAUCACGGGCACCCUGAUGUUCCUCGGGCGACCAGUAACUCGCUUGCCAAUGGUACCACCAACGACGUCGAUCACCACGCAGAGAGGCAAGAUGGCCAAUAUCAUUUUGAUGUCGUGGUAAUCGGGGCAGGCCAAUGCGGACUGGCCAUCGGGGGCCGACUGGGUGCUCUUGGGUUAAACUAUGUGCUUCUCGAAAAGCGACCUGCAGUGGGGAAGAACUGGACUCAACGGUACGAGUCAGUGAGGCAACAUACCGUCCGAGAGUAUAACAAUCUUCCCUUUGAGCGCACAUGGAAGCCCAACGACCCAUUAUUGCUCCCUGGCAAGAUCGUGGCAGAAGGCUUCGAGAACUAUGUCAGAAAGUACAACAUCAACCUGUGGACAAGUGCGGAUACCGCCGGGGCGGCUUGGAACCCGGAGGAUCGGAUUUGGACAAUAGACGUCACCGUCAAUGGGGACGACAAGCGGAAGCUCGUUUGCCGACAUCUGGUUGUUGCUACUGGUGCUGGUGUGAGCGUCGACAACGACCCCAAAUAUCCGGGAACCGAGCAAUACCAGGGGAUUCUCGUGCAUUCGGGAGCGUACAAGCACAGCCGCGACUGGGCAGCCAAGGACGGUAUCGUCAUUGGGUCUGGCACCACAGCGCAUGACAUUGCUGAAGACAUGUAUCGGGCAGGUCUGCGUUCUGUCACCAUGAUCCAGCGUAAUAAGACUGCCAUUUACCCAAUCGAGUGGAUCGUGAAGGGACAGCAGGGUUUGUACAAUAACAAUAUCCCCACUGCCGAUGCAGAUGCUUUGGUCGCCUGUCGCCCUAACAAGAUAUUGCGUGACAUUCUGAAGGUCAUCCACGAGGCUGCCGCAAGUCAGGAGCAAGGGCGCUUCGAUGAUCUGGAGCGGGCUGGAUUUCAGGUUGAUCGGAAGACUCCAUUGAUGGACAACAUCCUGUCGCGCUACGGAGGAUAUUAUAUUGACAUUGGCGCAUCUUCCCACAUCGUGAGGGGAGAGAUCAAGGUCAAGUCUGGUGUGCCAAUCACGACCUUCACUCCGACAGGCCUGAAAUUCAAAGAUGGAAGCGAGCUCCAUGGAGACGUGGUCGUGAUUGCCACAGGACAAGACCACGACUACCGAAAUCAGGUCGCAGAGAUUGUGGGGAAGGACUUCGCGUCGAAAUUGAGCGACUUUUGGGGACUCGAUGAGGAAGGGGAAGUUCGGAACGUCAUGAAGCCAGCAGCUCCCGGAUUGUGGAUGUUCGGAGGCACUGCCGCUCAAGCACCCACUUGA